AAAAUUAUCUGUCCUCGGAAAUAGAGACGAAAAUUUACGUAGAAUGUUUUGUAGUUUUUCCGCAAAUACAAAAAGAUAUUUUCUGUCUAAACAUCAAAGUAUAACAAGAGCAAUGUCAAUGCUUGUUGAAAAAGUUAAAUUUCCUUCUGAAAAUGAAAAAGGCCUCUGUCCUGCCGUCCUUAUUAAAAAUAUGGAGUCAUCUAGCAUGCAAGGAUUGGUCAUUUUGCAGGAAUGGUGGGGUAUAAAUGAACAAAUACAAAAUGAAGCGACGGAAAUAGCUGAGAGUGGAGAUUUUAUUGCUUUGGUACCAGAUCUGUAUCGAGGAAAAAUUGCAACAGAUAACGAAGAAGCUGGACAUUUAAUGAAUAACCUAGAUUGGCCUGGCGCGGUAAAGGACAUUGCAGGAGCUGCAAAAUAUCUCCUGUCAAAAGGUUGUCUUAAAGUGGGUGUUACAGGAUUUUGUAUGGGUGGAGCGUUAAGUCUAGCUGCAGCUGCCCUUGUGCCAGAGAUUUCUGCAUCUGCACCUUUCUAUGGUAUUCCUAGCGACACAUUGUGUGAUGUCACCAAAAUCAAAAUUCCUCUUCAGUGUCAUUUUGGUGAUCUUGAUGAGUUAGUUGGAUUUUCUUCUCCUAAAGAUGUAGAUAUUUUAAAGACAAAGCUAGAAUCUGCUGGUGUAAACUUUGAGUUGUACAGGUACAAUGCAGGCCAUGCCUUCACUCAUAAAGGAGGACCACUCUACAGUGAGGAAGCCUGUGACAUUAGUAUGAAACGUUUAGUUCAAUUUAUGAAAAAGAAUUUAUCGACCUAAUUGUGAAACAUUGGCUAGUGUGAUUAUCCUGCUUAAAAUUGUGAUUUUAUUGCUUAAUUUGCUCUCCUUCAUUUUCAAUAAAUCAAAUUUUUGUGUG